ACUCUUGAAGCGCCUGCCGAACGUUGUACAACCGAAAUCGAACACCAAUCAAUUGCCGAUUUCUUUACAAUUUUCAAACCCUCUAAAGAUGCUUCAUCAGUUAUUGACAAUCAAUCAUUAAAUAUCCCCUCCAUUGAAGAGAUUGAGAAUGAACGCCUAGAAGCCAUGCUAAAACAGGUUAAGGAUCAAUUGAUGCUCAAAUCCGCCACAAAGGAAGAAGUUGCAUUGAGGCGUCAACAGUGGAGAGAACUUGGAGUUAAACUUCAGGGUGUGAAGCACUGGGAGGGCUUCAAUCAAGUUUUCAUGGUCUCCUCUGCAACUGGAGAAGGAAUUGAUAAUCUCAGGAAAUAUCUUUUAUCGCGAGCUAAACCUGGACAGUGGCUUCUCUCCCCAGCUCUCAUAACUGACGUCGAACCUACAGAGAUCAUCCGCAUGUGCGUGUGGGCUCACUGUCUAGAAAAACUGCCCCAGGAGAUCCCCUAUGGUGUCCUAGUUACAGUGGAUGAAUGCGAGCAUGUUAACAUAGGUCAAGGCGACGAUCGUGUCUACGUGCAUGUCAGACUCCGCUGUCCCAACGAGCGUUCAAUUAAAAAUGUUAUCGGCCCUCAGGGCAAACAUAUCAGAGAAAUAGCCGGAGCCGUGAAAAAUGAAUUGGGUACCUUGUUUAAAGCAACAACUGUGGUAAAGCUUACUGCAGAAGCGAUAAAGCCUAACCGUGGGUCGAUUAAGCGAUUACGCGCGGCCAAAGACUUCUCUGAAGUCUAUCCGAACUUUGACAACACUUCUCAACCACAGCGUGGAAUUGAGACUGUUGAAUUGUAG